GUUCGCGGUGGCGGGUGCUGAGCGCCGCCGCGCCGCCUCGUGCAGCCGGGCGGGGCCGGCGCCUCCCCGCGCCGCGCUCGCGGGUGCCGGCGGGGGGAGCCGGUCCCGCCGCCGCUCCCGCCGCCACCUGGGGCCAUGGCGGCGCUGGUGCUUGUGCUGGUGGCGGCGCUGGGCGGGCGGGCCGUGCUGCCGGGCGGGCGGUGCGCGGCGCCGCUGGCCGACCUGCGCUCGCAGAUCUCGGGCGUCGAGUCGCUGCUGGAGGAAUUUCGGCGGCAGUUGCAGCAGGAGGAGCCGGGACCGCCGCCGGCGGCGGCGGCUGCGACGGGCGGCGACGGGGAGCGGUGCGGCGGCAGCGGCAGCUUCUCGGCCAGGCCCGACUCCAUCAUCCGCACCAAGGACUCCAUCGCGGCCGGCGCCACCUUCCUGCGGGCCCCCGCCGCCGUGGCCGGCUGGCGGCAGUGCCUGGACGCCUGCUGCGCCGAGCCGCACUGCACGCUGGCCGUGGUGCAGGGGCCCGCCCGGCCGCGGGGGGCGGCGGCGGCAGAGCUGGGCUGCUACCUCUUCAACUGCACGCACCGCGGCCGCCCCGUCUGCCGCUUCGCCCCGCACCGCGGCUACAGCACCUAUAGCCGCCGGCCUGCCGGCCUCCCCGCCCCGCCGCCGGAAGAAGAAGAAUACGAUGAGCCUCCACAGUGCAAGGCAGGACAAGAUAUUGUCCUGCAGUCACCUGUUGACUGGGUGCUUUUGGAUGGCCGAGAAAGCUCAGAUGACCGUGGAAUUGUUCAGUACGAGUGGACACUGCUGCAAGGUGACUCAUCGGUUGAAAUGAAGGUACCACAGCCAGGAACACUGAAACUAUCUCACGUCCAGGAAGGCGGGUAUAUUUUCCAGCUAACUGUGACAGACACUGCAGGUCAGCAGAGCUCUGACAACAUCUCUGUGACCAUUCUGCCCAUGGUUCAUUCUGCAGUAGCCUGUGUCGGGGUUUGUUCUCGCUACCAGUUCAUCUGCGAUGAUGGCUGCUGCAUUGACAUCACAUUUGCUUGUGAUGGUGUGAGGCAGUGCCCUGAUGGAUCAGAUGAAACUUUCUGCCAGAACUUCAGCCCCGGCCGGAAGACGAUCACUCACGCAGCUCUUGGCACUACCCAGCAAAGGACUGUAGGACUGAUGGAAAACACAGAGGAAAACUUGUCUGCAGAAAACACCCUGAAAGCCACUGCCAGAAAUCAACCGCUUCUUUCAGUGGAUGCAGACAUGUCUAACCAAUCGCUUUCUCAGGGACUAAAGAAACAAAUCAGUGGAUUUGUGCCAGAUAACAGUUCCUCAGGGAAAAGAACAGAUGACAAAAAUGGGAAUGGCAUAAUUGUGCCCAAGACAGAUCAGCUUGGAGGUGGUCGUCCAGUCCCAGAAACAGGUGCUGUGUUACCCCUAGCCUUAGGCUUGGCCAUCACUGCUUUACUGCUGCUUAUGGUUGCUUGCAGACUACGUUUAGUAAGACAGAAGCUUAAAAAAGCUCGACCCAUUACAUCUGAAGAGUCCGAUUACCUCAUCAAUGGGAUGUACCUCUGAAAAUUGGAUUUAGGUCGGUUGUUUUCUCCCCUUUCUCCUGUGUCCAUGAACCUCUGCCUCUAUAAAAGGACCAAAACCUUUAGUUAAGUUUCAAGUGUAGAGGAAGCCUACGAGAUGAGGAACAUGUUCUUCCCCUUUGGUGAUAAAAUAAAAAAGUGGGUAGAUGCCUGUUCCCAGAAAAUAAGAAGCAUUCAGGCUCCAGAGAGUAGCUCCAGUUGGCUCCUGCACAGAAGACAUGGGAGGUGGGAAAACCCCAAACUGGAUGCAGGGUGCCCUUGCCCUCCCCGCAGCAGUCAGGGUCCCGUCCAUGGCAGAGCGUGCUGCGCCGGCCAAGGCAUAGGGGGAAGCCUGUGCCACCCUGCUCUUCCCAGUGCUGCCAGCGCCGAGUUAUACAAUACAAGCUCUGGGGACGGGGAUGCUCCAGACCAACGCGUUACUUCACUGUCCAGCAGAGACUGAUUUGUGUACUUUCCACCUGAUGCACUGGGAGUAUUUUCAUUAAAGAAUUUGUCUUGCUUUGUUAAUUGAAAGCAAUCGCUAUCUAAGCACCAGCUUUUGUAAUGGAAUUUGGGAUUUAAGGAACAAAGCAUCAUUUUUUCAUUCGUAGUUUAAACCUCUGUGCCGCUAACAGAGAGUCAUGCUUACUAAAUGCUAAAAUGGAAAAAUACCAGUCCUCAGCAGAUGAGUUUGGACUACCAGUGCUCGACAUCAGUGACGUGCGAUCCCAGGGCUGUGCCUCUCCCCAGAGCUCAGGGCUUGCUCAGCCGUUUCCACCCGUAGCUCGACACCCUCCACGGGGUGAGGGAGCAGCACGCAGCAGCUUUUACCUGGGAUGCCAGAGUGUAGGAUUCCUGCUGGUUAUCCCGUAGCUCCCUGCAAAGCUUGAAAGCUUCGGCAACCUGCCCUCAUCCCAGCAAAAUUCUCAUAGAAUUAGAGCAAGUAAUUGAUACGUGUGAGUGAACUUCAGAUGUGUUAACAGUAAAAUGUGUACAGUACAUGUUAUAUAUACAUAUACACCCACCGUGCUGUCUGUCUUGUUUGACUGUUCAAGGAUGUCACGUUUGUCAUGGGUCCCAGUAAAAAGAGGCAAACGAGGCAUGCAUCUUUUUGUAUGUUGUCUUUUGUACUUCAGUAACUUCAAGUCAGCGGGAAUAUUGCCAUGGUAUACAAAUAGUUCUUCAAGUUGCUCGGUCUUGAUUACUUUAUGUAAAAUAGCUCUAAUAAACCUAUUUUAUUCUUA